AGGAAGAUGUACCGACCAAGGUUGGCCAAUGGUCAAGUGGUAUCGCUUGGUUGGCCCAUGGUUAUUUAUCGUUUAUUCAACAUUGUUUCGUGGCCAGUGGAGGAGCAUGCAAAUAAAGUAUUUCGUAUAUUUGUCUGGUUUUGUUAUGUGCUGGCAUUUCUAGUUUUUAUCGAACACAAUGAUGCAGAAUUACGUUAUAUACGCCAUGAGUUUCAGAACAUGGAUCAGAUGUUAACCUGUGUACCUACCUAUCUAAUACUAAUUGAGACGCAUAUACGUGGCUUUUACGUAGGUUUCCUUAAGGCGCAGUUUAGAAAAUUUUUACAAAAUUUCUACGCUAAUAUCUAUGUGGACAAGUACUCAUUUCCUGUGCAGUAUAAACGCAUACGUUAUAUAAUGUUACCGACGCUUAUAUAUUCCAGCUUUUACUUUUUGGCAGUGCUUUCAUUUUUAAUUGUACCGAUUUUGAAUUUAAUAUACAGACGCAAGGAUCUUGUCUAUAAAAUGAUAUUUCCCUUCGAUUAUACGCCUCUCUAUAUAUUUUUACCAGUGAUGUUUACUAAUGUUUGGGCUGGUAUUUUGGUGGUAACCAUGGAAUUCGGCGAAGCAAAUGUCUUCUCGGAAGUUAUAGUCAACUUGACUGCUCGAUAUGAUAUAUUAAGAGAGCGUUUCGCGAACCGCGUAGGUGCUCUGUUGCAACGAAAACGUUGCACUGAUAUAUCUGCAGAAUUUGAGGCGGAGUUGAUUGAAACUAUUAAACAAAAUGUGGAACUAAAUAGAUUUGCUUUGAGAUUUCAAGAAGAGUUCUCAUUUAGAAUUUUUGUACAGUUUGCUUUCAGUGCUGCUAUUCUAUGUGCUUUGGGUUUUAAAGUUUAUACGAAUCCUGUCUCUAGUUACGGUUAUAUAUUUUGGAUUCUUGCAAAAAUAUUGGAAAUGUUAGCACUUGGCAGUCUUGGCUCGAAUUUAAUUACUAUGACUGAUGAGAUAAGUUCCAUGUAUUAUAAUUGCAAUUGGGAAUUGGUUGUGGAGCGUGUGUCGGACGCAAAAAAGAAUGUACAUUUGAUGAAGUUAAUUAUGCUUGCAAUUGCAACGAACCAGCAACCAAUUUCAAUUACAGGACUUAACUUUUUUAGCGUAUCACAACUUGUGGUUCUAAAGAUCUUGCAAGGAGCUGGGUCGUAUUUUACUUGUCUCAUCUCAUUACGUUAA